AUGCGUCGGAGGGCGGGUUGGUUUGGGCCCGAAGGCAAAAUUGUUAUUGGUGACCAGGUCGGAUUCUCAGGCCAGAUUAAUAUUUCCUAUGCCAAGAGCAGGGACACCUAUACAGCUCCUUGGGAGAGAAGACACAUGUUUGUACGCACUUUUGACUGGAAGCUAAAGCGAAGAAGGAAGUCAAGGUUGAGAAAACUGGAUGGCUAUGUGUACAUGUCAGAUACCAUUCUGGACAGCUUUUAUGGAAAGUCGGGACCAAUUACAGAUGUUAAGAUUGAAAAGGCAUCUGUUCAUCCAAUGAAACCUCACACACGAGGACAAGUUGAUGCAUUGGCAGUUUCCCAGAGGUUAAUGCCCCAUCGCCAGUCACGUUCUACUGUUAAUCCAAAGUAUGACCCGUCAAAUUUUUAUCUUGGAGACUGUAAAGAUGAUUCUGGCUUGUAUGAUGUUACUCUCGAGGUGAACACGAGCUACCAACCGUAG